AUGUCGAGAAAGGUCGCGUUAGUCAUUGCGGGCUCCGCAGGCUUGGAAACCCAGAUUGCCAGAGUCCUUGCGCCAGACUUUGAUGUGUGUAUCAACUACUGCCACAAUGCCACCCGCGCGAAUGCUCUAGUUGAAGAACUGGAGUCUGGCAACGCGACUGCUACAUAUCAAGAUGCAUUCGUACAACCUCGAUUCGUCGCACUGCAGGGAGACGCCAGCAACAAAAAUUUCAUCACGGACUUGGUAGAUCGUGUUAUCGCCAUCUUCGGCAGGCUUGAUGUGGUAGCGUCAAAUUCUGGAUGGACGCGCAUCACCAAUUUCAAUGACAUGGACGACAAUUUAGACGACGAUCUUUGGGAUAGGACUUAUCAAUGUAAUGUCAAGGCGCAUUACUGGUUGAUGCAUGCGGUCAAACCAUAUCUGGAAGCGACCAAAGGCUCCUUUGUCACCACAGCUAGCUUGGCUGGUAUCAGACCAGGCGGUAGUUCACUACCAUAUGCCAUCAGCAAAGCGGCUCAGAUACAUCUCGUCAAGACACUUGCAAAGGUUUGCGCGCCAAAUAUUCGAGUAAACAGCCAACGGGCGCAAGCAGAGGCCAACCAGCUCAGGCGCUUAGUCGCAGUCCAGGAUGUCGCAGAUGUCGUUCGAAUGCUGCUCGUGAACGAGUCGAUGACAGGUCAAAAUGUGGUAGUCGAUUGUGGCUCGUAG